AUGCUGAGCUGAGCAAUGCACUACGGUAGAAUGCAUGUCUAUACCAAGAUAGCACAGGUGCUGCCGUAAGGUCUGAGGAAGCCAGUGAGACUCAGACACGCGUCCAGGUAUAUCAAUCCGCGCAUCCGCACGCGAUGUGUCCGGCUUGAGCACAUCUAUUUCUCUUCUGCCAAGCAUGCGCAUCACAUACCUCAGCAUUCUCCUUACCCUUGGUAUAGGCGCGAAUGGUAUACCCACACCUGCCUCCAGCUUCAAGCCAUACUACCUUCCAAAGCGCCUGAUCGCUCUCGAAGAACACGUUGUCUCGCCGUCACUAGAAGCAGAGGUGAUCGCCGGAGGUGUGGUGCAGCGCAGCCCGCCGGGUACGCUCGAUAAGCUAAAGGAUGUCGGUGCCGGGCGCAUCGCCGCUAUGGAUGCCGGUCACCUGUCUAUGCAAGUUCUCGCCCAACAGUCGGCCUCGGGCUUGGAAGACCCUGAGGGGUGCCGCGCAGCAAACGAUGCUGUUCGCUCUGUGAUCGUAUCCAGACCCCAACGAUUCGCCGGAUUCGCGGUGCUGCCUAUGUCACUACCAGAAGAAGCCGCGGCGGAGUUGAAUCGCAGUGUCACGACACUUGGGUUCAAAGGCGCGAUGAUCUGGAACCAUCUUAAAGAUGGUACAUACUACGACGCCGCACGCUUCGAUCCCGUCUUCGACAUGGCGCAGACACUCGAUGUACCAUUGUACCUGCACCCUGCUGCCCCGACCGCGGAUAUCGCAUCCAAAUUAUUCGUGGGUAACUACCCAGCCGCCGUGGCGGGAAAGCUUGGGGUAAACUCGUGGGGUUGGCAUGUCGAUGUGGGAACGCAUGUAUUGCGUCUCUACAGCGCUGGGCUGUUCGAUCGCUUCCCGGAGCUGAAGCUUAUAAUCGGACACAACGGCGAAGGGCUGCCCAUGUUCAUUGACCGUAUCGAUUCGACGGGACUACGCAACGACACGACGUUCGAUCGGGUAUGGAAGACGAAUAUUUGGAGCACGACGAGUGCAUUCUUUACUGUGAGACAGUUCGAGCAGCUUCGGCAGGUGAGCCCAGUUGAUAGGAUCAUGUAUUCGGUCGAUUAUCCGUUCAGUACCAAUACGGAUGGCUGGGCGUUCGUGGAGAAGUUGGCGCAAGCGCAGGUUCUAAGCGACGCUGAGAUGGACAUGUUUGCGUGGAGGAAUGCUGAGAAGUUGCUGGGAUUGUGAACAGCUGACAUUGAUGGAACGACAAGUAAAGAUAAUCGGAUAAUGAUAGUAUUUGCCUAUGGACACGCGUUGGCACAUGCACAGAGGACCUCGGGAGCAUCAAGGGGUCGAUAAUGCCAUG